AUGGAGGGCUAAGAAUAAACAUUUACUUUAAAAUCCCACAUAGAUUAGUAGCUGGGCGGAGCGACAACAACUAGAGGAGGACGAAUUGAUCACAGAACCAAAGGAGAUAUUGGCAACCCAAAUCAACCUUAUAGAGCUCAACAGAGGGAAAUCUAUUAAGUUAAUUAUUAAAUGUCCUAUCACAUAGACAACAAUCUUUUUAAGAAAGUUUUGUAAAUAAAUAUGAACAAAAUUCAUAUAUAAUUUAUGGGUUGUUAAAUAUUUAAUAUAAUGAAUAUUAAUUAAUCUCAAUAUAGUUUAGAGAAUGAGAAACUCAAAAUAAAAAUCAAAUAUCUGGAAGAUUUUAUUGAGAAUUCGAAUAAUUAUGAAAAAACUAACUAACUCUUUGAUCUAAAACAAUUCUUAUCAAAAAAUUAUAAAAGAUUUAGCAUGCUAUUGGAUGAAAUCUACUAUUUAAAAUAGUAAGUUGAAGGAGAACAAAUGUAAAGGAUUAAUGAAGCUUAGAAACUAUAAACAGAAAUUAAUUAACUCAGAAUGACAACUAGUUAACUAUAACAAUAAUUAUCUUAAUCAUAACUUUAACUAUAAUAAUAAUAACAAUAAUAAAUAGAAGAAAGCGAACAUGAUGUUUAUAGAGGAUCUUUGAAUCCAAUAUAAAGAUUAGAGCAAAUAGAAAAUCUUGAAAAUACCAUCAAAUAAUUAUCAGACGAAGUAUCAAAAUAAAUUUAAUUAGAUAGAGGAAAUUACUCAACUCAAUAUCAAACAAAGAGAGUAGUUAAAGAAGAAAGAUUUUUUUAGAGAAUACGAGAUGAUGUGUAAGGAAACAGAGGGAUUACGAUAACAAAAUGCAAAAUUGUUAGACUAAUUAAAAGCUUUCAAUUCUAACAGAACAAAUACCAAUUCAUAAAAUUAAGGAAAUAUCAAUGGAUUUUGA